AUGUCCUCCGAGCCUCCCCGAGCCCCCAAGCCCAAACGAAGCCGAAGGCUAUCUCUCGUGGCCUGCAACCGAGCCUGUUACGAAAAGACUCGCCAUCUCACUCCAUAUGCUCUACUCGAGCUCGACCUCCGACAAGAGGACUGCGUCGCGCAUCCUGCCCGAGCCCGCACCUUCGCCUCGGAAGUAUACAGCCACCUCUCCGAAGCGCAACGAGCCCACAUCCGACAGCUGGCCAAAGACGGCGGGCCCGAUCUCUCAGAUCUGCGGGGUGUACGUCCGCCCCAUCCUCAUCCCCAACCCUGA